AUGAGGCACAGAGAAGACGAGCUCGCUGUACGCAAACACUUGAAGGUCUUCGUUGGAGGACUUCCAGACAAAGCCGACGAGCGAGAGGUUGAGCAGCACUUCACCAAGUACGGACACGUUGUUCACUGCAAUGUCUGCCCUCCCAAGGAUGGAGAGAAAAACAAGGCUCCGUACGCCUUCGUGACUUUCAGAUUUGCUGCCGAUGCAGACUGUGCUGUAGUUGACAGACAGGACUUUCCAGGUGUUCAGAGGCAACUGGCCAUGGGAUUUGCCACGCCGAGAAAGAAGGACACGGAUGAGGAGAAGCAGAAGCAGGACUCAAUGCUUAGUGAGGCCGAUCCAUGCAAGGUCUUCGUGGGUGGCAUCGGCGACAGGGAUAGUGAGGAGGAGGUAGGCGAUUUUUUCUCUCAAUGGGGUCUCGUCACCUUGGUGUACAGAGACAGAGCAUCGUGGGGCUUCGUGCACUUCGCAACGAAAGAAGCGGCCCUGCGCAUUCUUGAGGAAAGCAACGUGGUUUUCCACAGGCGGAGGUUGGACAUCAAGAAAGCUUCGGAGUCGAAGAAAACGAUGAGCGACGAUGAGAGGUACGACUUGGUGAAGCGUGCUAUAGCCAGGCAUUUUCACAAGAAAAGCGUCCAGCAUGCCCCACCUCCAGGCUAUCCACCGCCCGGUGGCUAUUACCCGCCGCCACCAGGUUACUACGGUGCCCCACCACCAGGCUAUCCCGGUUACCCACCUCCCAGUUACCCACCGCCUGGCUAUCCACCGUCAAGUGCGUAUCCUCCCGUCUACGGCUCCCAGCCACCCCCCGGUGGGCACUAUGCCGCGCUUCCACCUUCUGGUCCGCCACCACCCCGGGAAGCGCCAGCGCCCUCGCCGGCCGACGACCCUUACCGACAACCAGCAGGAGAUCCUUAUGCUGCAUAUGGCAGGGACAGGGAUCCUUACUCUGGCUACGACCGCGACAGGGAGCACGAUAGGUAUCGUCGACCAGAGGACGCUCCGAGUCGUGACCCUUACGCACACCUAUCAGGCGGCUAUUAUGGACCACCUCCUGGACAGCCCGAAGGUGCUCCUCCGCCUGCUGGUGUGUACGCAUCCUACGCUGUCGACCCAAGAUAUGAGCCCAGGUAUCAGCCUUACUGA